AUGUCGACAGCCCCGCCCUCGAACGAAAAAUCUGCGGUGGUAGAGAGUCCGAGUCAUGCUCACCAUCAUAAAUCACAUAUGGAUGCAGAGACAAGAGCCAUCGCUAAUGCUGAUGCCAAAUUGUCAAACCCCUUGCGCGGCAUACCUCAUGAUCGUCUAAUGGCGGACGUCGAAAUUUUUGCGCAGGAGAGAGGACUGACCCAUCUGCUGCCUGAGCUCAAGAAAGGGGCGCUUAUUGCCCAGGAUUCUACUUGCCAUAAUCGUAUGGACAUAUUUUCAGAUGAAGACAAACAAAUUUUAACGGAAGAGGUCACGCACAAGUGGCGACAAACGCCCAUGCUGUAUUACAUGGUUGUGAUGUCAUCACUUGCAGCAGCUGUUCAGGGAAUGGAUGAGGCUGUUAUUAAUGGCGCUCAAAUCAUUUAUCCCAAGCAGUUCGGUAUCGGCGAUCCUAACAGUAAACGCGACUCGUGGUUGGUCGGUCUCGUCAAUUCUGCACCCUACUUAUGUUGUGCCACCGUUUCUUGUUGGAUGACGCAUCCGCUUAACCACUAUCUUGGGCGUAAAAAGACCAUCUUCGUCACUUGCAUGAUCUCGUUCUUGACAUGUGUCUGGUCUGGAUUGACAAACACCUGGUGGCACCUUUUCAUCGCACGGUUCUUCCUUGGUUUCGGUAUUGGUCCCAAAUCUGCCACCGUCCCAGUAUAUACCGCCGAGUGUUCGCCCGCACCGAUCCGUGGUGCUCUCGUCAUGAUGUGGCAGAUGUGGACCGCUUUUGGCAUUGCUUUAGGAGACCUUAUCGAUUUGGUAUUCUACUUUAUUCCGGAUACCCCUGGUGUGACCGGUCUGAACUGGCGCCUCAUGUUAGCCUCUGCUGGUAUCCCUGGUCUCAUUGUCUGUAUGCAAGUUCUAUUUGCACCCGAAUCGCCUCGUUGGUUGAUCUCCAAGGGUCGCUACGAGGAUGCUUUCAAUGAACUUUGUCGCCUUCGUUUCUCGCGCGUACAAGCUGCUCGUGAUUUGUAUUAUAUUCACGUGUUGCUUGAGGCAGAGAACGAAAUGAAGAAGGGUCGCAACCGUGUCGUUGAGAUGUUCACGAUCCCGCGCAACAGGCAUGCUGCCCUUGCUAGUUGGGUCGUCAUGUUCGGUCAGCAGUUUUGCGGCGUCAAUGUCAUCGCUUACUACUCAUCCGACAUAUUCGUGCAGUCUGGUUUCUCGCAGGUUUCGGCGCUGGCUUCCUCCCUUGGAUUUGGUGCACUUAACUGGUUGUUCGCCCUCCCUGCUGUUUUCACCAUCGACACUUUCGGGCGGAGGAACUUACUUUUAUUCACGUUUCCUUGCAUGGCCAUCUGCCUUUUAAUCACGGGCUUCUCCUUCUGGAGUACUUCGGAAACGGGGCGUGUAGCUGGUGUUAGUGUCGGAAUAUAUCUUUUCGCGAUCUUCUACUCUCCAGGCGAAGGUCCAGUUCCGUUCACGUACUCAGCAGAAGCAUUCCCUCUCUAUAUCCGUGAUGUCGGCAUGUCCUUUGCCACUGCGACCACUUGGUUCUGGAACUUCAUUCUGUCAAUCACUUGGCCUUCGCUCAUCCUGGCCUUCAAACCACAAGGUGCCUUUGGCUGGUACGCAGCAUGGUGCUGUAUCCUCUGGGUGCUCAUCUUGCUAUUCGUGCGUGAGACGAAAGGCAAGACGCUGGAGGAGCUCGAUCAAGUCUUCGCAGUUCCCCUCGGUGCGCACGCUGCAUACGGCCUGCGACAGAUUCCCUACGGCUUCAAGAAGUUCGUGUUGUUCCAGAACCCGGUUCCUGAAGAACUUUAUCAGUUUGAGAGCGAGAGCGAGGUGUCGAGCACUGGGGGCGACGAGUCAGCGAGGAGGGAGAUGAAGGAGGAUCUGGAGAAGACAAGAUGA